UUUUGGUCUUCUGCUCUUCAACUCUGUUGAUGUAUUUUUUGAACUUCAAAAAAACAUUACAUUCUGUUGAAAUUCAAACUUAUUUUUUCAAAAAAAUUAAGGACCACCACCCGAGGACAGCGGUUUAUUCAACCCCUUCGAGUACUAUUACGAUGUCUACAUAAAUGAAACAACUAUCACUCUACCAGCUUUAAACCCAGAUUUCAAAAUUUUUCAAGCCCUUUAUAUAACUGGAAAUAUUCAGCUUAGUAUAAGAGAGCUGACCGUUUUCUUGAAGGAAAUUGACACGUUUCGUUACGGAAUCCGUAUUAAUAAUACGAACUUGGAAACGUUAUCGUUUCUGAGACCGUAUAUGGUUAGCUCUUUGGAUGAUACAAAAAACUCUAUUGAAAUCACUAAUAAUGCAAAUCUAGUUUCUUUGGGUAUGGACUUUGAAUAUUGUGCAUUUUGUUUCGACAACUUGGUGAUCACAAACAACCCGAAACUUGACUUGAAAAAGGAUUGCGAUGCAAUUAUUUCAAUAUACUCAUCAUAUAGAACGAUUUCCAACAAUUUUGCGGACUGUGGUUGUGCAAUUACCGCUGAUUUCAAUAAAUUUGUCACAACUCUGACGCGAAACUGUUGGAUGAUCAUUGGAAAUGUGACAAUUGAUCAAAACUCGGAUUACAAGGUUUUAGCGGAAAAAUUGGUGAAUGUAACAAGAAUAAGCGGUGGCCUAUCUAUCAAAAACACAAAUUUCGAAGAUCUUUCCUUUCUUAAUUCAAUCGAAUGGAUUGGGUUGAAUGCCUACAAAUCAGAGUAUCUUGCCUCUAUUACAAUAUCAAACAACGCGAACUUAACUUCUCUGAAAACAAACUUCAAACGUGAUGGUUUAUACCUAACAGUUCGGGACAAUCCGAAAUUAUGCAUGACUACUCAGAAUUUGGAUAACUUGUUCUAUGGGCUGUCUUUGGAUUCUGAUUUGAAUAUUAAUAUAUGUUUCAACGAGAAGACACCAGAUUAUUGGUGUGAUCUUCCUGAAUCUGGAUAUUUUUCGGACCUGCCUGAUGGCUGCAAAAAUUUAACUGGCAAUCUUCUGAUCGACGAUCACUUUGAUUUCAAAAACUCUUAUAAACUACAUGACGUCGAAAAUAUUUACGGGAGCAUUACUAUCCAAAACAGCUCCAUCAGAAACUUGAACUUUCUUCCCAAUCUCAGCAGAAUCCGAUCAAUUAAGGACAAGGUGGCCCCAUUCAUUGCCGUCAAUAAUUCCAAACUUUUUGAACUUUUUACUACAAUGCAGUUUGAAGGAGCUGAAAGUGGAGUGGCGGUGACUGUGGAAAACAAUGAGUCCUUGAUGGUGCCUGAUAUAUUAUGUUCUUUUUUUCGGACUAGAAAAUCUCCAAUUGUUAAGGAUAACUAUGACAGUUGUGGCACCGGAGAAAAACCUUCAAAGCACGACAAAUAUUCUCUGAACGUUGACGUUUUCCACGGACUUCCAGUUUUCAAAGACGUUUCAGUUGUCGAAACAAAUCCUGAUAACGGAGGAGUCCACAAUAAUCCUUGGACCAGAAACACCACGGAUUCUGAAUAUUAUACGGACGAGGAGACAAGUACUGAAAAUUUUUGUAUACAACCUUUCACAAUUGCUUCUUUUGCGCUUGUGGUGACCUUUCGAUGUUAUUUGAGAUAA